GUGUGGUGGCCCAAUUAGGAACCAGCUCAUUUUCAAUACCCACAUGUCAUUUCCUGCCUAAACUAACUGCCUUCCUCUUUUCUCCCUUACAUUUCUCUCUUCUCUUCUCUUCUUGCAUGGAAUGCGGUUAUAUUCUUUGACAAACAUUAUUGUUACCUCUUAGAUAGCCUGAUGAGUUAUCAGGAUUCAUGCCCCUUCUGACUUUCAGAAAUUCCUCUUGAGGGGUGUUACUGUGUUGUCCAUUGAUGAUGGAGUCAAAGCCUUUCAAAAUGCCGGAAUCACAAGACAUGAAUAACAACUUUUCAGACAAGCCUCAUAAGCAGUACGAUAAAGUUCAUAGUUGUGCAAGUUCAGAAAAUAAUUCACCAACUCAUCCCAUGAGCUGGAAUCAAGCUGAAAAUGGAUUCUCCAAGACUGAUAAUUCAACAAGGGAUUCUGAACAUAUGGAUCAUGCUUCUAAAACUGAUGCAAAGUCGGCAAGUAAACCAAAUCCUCCAAAAUUAGCACCAACAAACAGAAACAUUUCUGAUUUUGGUGUUCAACAACGCCUAAGUCCAAAGAAAAAAUUGCCUCCAAGUUCUGAUCCUACCUCUCCCAAACCAGUAUUUCCAACAGGACUUUCAAAGGGAGCCUCUACCCAUGCAAAGAGUACCAGUCAAGGACUGGGAAGUGGGACUAGCUCUCGCAGCGACAGUUUAGAGAGUACUAGUGCAACCAUGAGGCCACACACAGGUGGUGAUGUAAGGUGGGAUGCAAUUAACAGGGUUUCCAGGGGUGGUGCUCUCAAUCUCAGCCAUUUUAGGCUUCUCAAGCGCAUUGGUUAUGGGGACAUUGGAAGUGUGUAUCUUACAGAACUUAGAGGGACUAAUGCUCACUUUGCCAUGAAAGUGAUGGAUAAGGCAGCUCUUAUAAGCAGAAACAAGCUCCUGAGAGCACAGACAGAAAAGGAGAUUCUAGGACUUCUUGAUCACCCCUUCUUGCCCACUUUAUACUCUUACUUCGAAACUGACAAGUUUUACUGCUUGGUCAUGGAGUUCUGUAGCGGGGGUGAUCUUCAUUCUCUUCGACAGAAGCAACCAAACAAGUGUUUCCCUGAAGAAGCUGCAAGGUUUUAUGCUUCAGAGGUUUUGUUAGCACUUGAGUACCUGCACAUGCUUGGAAUUGUAUACAGAGACUUAAAGCCAGAGAAUCUUUUAGUCAGAGAUGAAGGGCACAUCAUGCUCUCAGAUUUUGAUUUAUCGCUUCGCUGCUCGGUAUGUCCUACACUCGUCAAGUCUUCAUCUACCAAUACAGGAAAUAGUGGUAGUGGCGAUUCUGGGAACAUGUUAGGUGAUGAGCAACUAGCACAAGGCAGUGCUCCAACAUCAUCAGGAUUCUUCCCCCGCAUUUUGCCAUCGAAGAAGAACCGCAAGGCGAAAUCAGAUUUUGGUGUACUAGUUGGGGGAGUUCGUCUUCCUGAGCUGAUGGCAGAACCCACCAAUGUCCGCUCCAUGUCAUUUGUAGGAACACAUGAAUAUCUUGCUCCUGAGAUCAUCAAAGGAGAGGGACAUGGUAGUGCAGUGGAUUGGUGGACUUUUGGGAUCUUCUUGUAUGAGUUGUUGCAUGGAACAACCCCUUUUAAAGGUUCAGGUUACAAAGCUACACUUUUCAAUGUUGUUGGGCAACCAUUGAGGUUUCCCGACGGUCCCCAAGUGAGUUCUAACGCUCGUGAUCUUAUUAGAGGGUUAUUAGUGAAAGAGCCUCAAAAGAGAAUUGCAUAUAAAAGAGGAGCUACUGAGAUAAAACAACACCCAUUUUUUGAGGGAGUGAACUGGGCUCUAGUUAGAUGUGCAGUACCUCCACAUGUACCAGAAGCCAUAGACUUUUCCAAGUAUGCUAGCAAAGACCCAACUCCACCACCACCAGCAGCUGAUAAGAAGAUUGCAGAUGUUGCUAGUGAUAAAAACAGCAAAAGCAAACCUGAUUCCUAUGUAGAUUUUGAGUAUUUUUAGCAGUGAUAGAAACAUACUUAUUCGAAAUGAAUAUGUUGUACAAAGUAUUGCUUUUUCACCAAAAGAAAAUUUUAAGGCAUCUAAGAGAACUAAAAAUUGUAAACAUAACAGACUUGUAUAUUCAAUAAAAAAACAUGAUUUUUGUUUGAGAGUAGUACUAUAGCUUAAAA